AUGGAGGCUGCAAAGGACAACAAGAUCAGUCCGGCAACACGGCUUGAAGGAUCACUUCGCGAUGGAUCCGUGGAUGGCGAGAACGUCAAGAAGAACGACUACGACGACGAUGUGGUUCAGGUUGUCGACAAGGCCGCCGAGAGGGCACUGUGCAGAAAGCUGGACCUCCACAUCUUGCCUGUGCUAGCCGUGAUGUACCUGUUCAACGCACUCGAUAAGGGAAACCUAGGUAAUGCCGAAACCGACGGCCUGAGCACAGAUCUCGGCUUCAAAGAUGGCCAGUACAACCUCAUCGUCAGCAUCUUCUUCGUGCCCUUCGUCGCGGCCGCGCCAUUCGUGGCCCUCAUCGGCAAGAAAUUCGGCCCGGCCGUCGUUCUCCCGAUUCUCAUGUUCACCUUCGGCACGAUGACGAUGCUUAUGGCUGCCGCGCAAAACUUUGGCGGUGUCUUUGCACUGCGAUGGUUUCUCGGCAUGGCAGAGUCUGCGUUCUUCCCACUGGUCAUCUACUAUCUCACCACCUUUUACCGUCGCGGUGAGCUUGCGCGACGACUGGCUGUCUUCUAUGCCGCUUCCAAUAUCGUAAUGGCCCCUCUGAUACCUAUGACGUACUCCGCUGCGGAGGCGAAGUUCCUCACGGAGGAGCAAAAGCAGCUCGCUCACCACCGCAUCCGAGUCGACAGCUCAUCCGUGGUUGGAGAGAAGAUGAAGAUCCGAGAGGCAGCCAAAGUUUUCAAGCACCCGACGACGUUCGGCUUCCUCGCCAUCGAAAUCUGCCUCGGCGUCCCGCUCCAGAGCGUCGGUCUCUUCAUGCCCCAGAUCGUGCAGCGCCUGGGAUACAGCACAAUCAAGACGAACCUCUACACAGUGGCUCCGAACGUCAGUGGUGCCGCCAUGCUUCUCAUCCUCGCAUUCCUCUCGGAUUGGCGACGACUUCGCUUCCCUUUCAUCGCCUUGGGUUUCAUGCUCACAUUCAUCGGCUUUAUCAUCUACGCCGCCAUUGACGAUGUCGAAGCUGAGAUCAAGCUCGCGUACUACGCUUGUUUCAUGAUGACCUGGGGAACUUCAGCACCGAGUGUGCUUCUGUCGACUUGGUACAACAACAAUGUUGUCAACGAAAAUCAGCGUGUGCUUUUGACUUCAAUCGGUGUCCCACUGGCCAACCUCAUGGGUCUUGUGAGUAGCAACAUUUUCCGCAAGCCAGACGCUCCAAAAUACGCGCCCGCAUUGAUCACAACGGCGGCAUUCGGCGUGGCUGGUGCCUCAUGCGCGCUUGCUCUGGGAUUCUUCAUGAUGUGGGAUAACCGAAAGAGAAACCGGGCCGAGGGUGUAACCUUGACUGCUAGUGAAGUCCCGACAUCGAAGUUGGGCGAUGGACCUAAGAGCCCUCACUUCCGCUGGUUCUUGUGA